AUGGGGAAGACUUCCGUCGGCUAUGCUCCGGUGGAGACUGCCGGCAAGAUGGUUAUAGGUGCCUUCGAUGACGACGACGAUGACCUGGAGGAUGGGAAGGUGGUCUCAGCACCCCCUCCGAAGCUCGACCAGGCGGACUUGCCUCUGAGGCAAGUGGCCUUUGCCGUCAUUCUAUACGCAGCUUGUUCAUCCACGCUGCUGCUGAUCAACAAGGUGGCGAUGAGCUUCGUGCCGGAUGCCUCGUUCAUUCUCUUCUGCCAGUUUCUGUCAUCAUCGGUGACGGUGCGGCUGAUCAGAUGUGCUGCUCCUGAUGCGGACAUUGAGCUGAUCCGCUGGGAGAAAGCACGUCCUUUCUUUCUCGCCUGCCUCGUCUUCUUCCUGUGCCUCCUGGCCAACACGCAAGCGCUGAAGUCAGUGAAUGUGGAGACUGUCAUCGUGGCGAGAUCCUGCUCACCGAUUGCAGUCUCCAUCCUGGAGCAUUUCACCUUGGGUAGGGCCCUGCCGAACGCGGCAGGGGUGCUGUCUUUGGCGGCAAUCGCUGGCGGGGCGGUGAUCUAUGUCCUUUCAGAUCAGGGCUUCCAAAUCGACGGGUAUUCAUGGCUGCUGGUGUAUUUUGUGUUUAUCGUUAUCGAGAUGGUUUUCGUGAAGUUCGUCGUAGACACGGUCCCGAUGUCGACGUGGACGCGUGUCUACUACAACAACACUUUGUCGCUUCCUAUGGUGAUGGUUUCCUCGCUGGUAACGGGCUUUGGCGCCUUCUUGAAGGCUGGCCGACGCUUCAUUACCAUCAUUGCUAGUAUGACUGCGAAACUACAGGCAGCCGUGCUAAGAAACGUAUACAUGCAAGCAAAGAGCACGCAAGACCUUCCGGCAACCAAGACGAGCAGGCCAGACGUACACUGUAGCAAGCUGCUAGAGUCUAGAGUUGGCCUUGUGGGGGGUUUGCGGUUCGCUUUUGGCAGAUGGUAG